AUGGCCAAACCACCCUCAUCCACCAGCGGCGCAUUGAUACUGGAAGAACCAUUGAUUAGGACACCAUAUGAGCUCUUGAGAAGAUCACAUCGUUCCGCUCAGAGACAGGUUGAAAAAGAUUUCAAUGCUGUUUCAGUCGCACUUCAAAGUAUAGUCAAAUCGCUCAACGCAGCUUCAUCCACUGAAGAGGGACGUCAAAGUAUAGUCAAUAAAUUGGAUCAAGUUGGAGAGAGAGCAAAAGGACUGAAGAGGAAGCUCGAUGAUAUUCAACCUAAUACCAGGGAGCCUACACCACUACGAUCCAGAUUGGAAUAUCUUAAUACUCUUACUCCUGCUCCUAGUAAAAUCGAAAAGAAGGAAAAUGGAGACGCAAAACCGGCCAACGGAGACGGGGAUGGGGAUGUGAAAAUGGAAAAUGACGGAGUGAUUAAUGGAAAUGAAGAAGCUGAGAACACAGAACCAGAACCGAAACAGCAACCACUCUUAACUUUCGACGCGACACUUGAUCGGUAUAUCGUAGAUUACCUAUUACGCACAGGUCGACUUAAGACUGCCGAAGCUUUAGCCAGAAAGCAGAACAUCGAGGCAUUAGUGGAUAUCAAGCUUUUCACCGAAUUAAGUAAGAUUGAGAAUGCCCUCAUGGAGAAACAUUCAUGCGCGGAAGCGUUGGCUUGGUGUGGUGAGAAUCGAGGAACGUUAAAGAAGACCAAGAACAAUCUUGAAUUUACGCUUCGUCUACAAGAGUUCAUUGAGCUCUGCCGAAAGAGAGAUAUCGUCUCUGCCAUUGCGUACUCCCGGAAGAACCUCGCUCCGUGGGCUGCAACUCACAUGGCGGAGAUACAGCAGGGUAUGACGUUGAUAAGUUUCGGUGAGAGGACUGGCGUGGAAAUCUACAAAAAGCUAUACGAUCCCUCACGCUGGAAAACGGUCCGAGCCUCAUUCCGCUCCACUUUCCUCACACUAUACGCUCAACCCUGUCAACCAAUCUUAUCGCUAGCCUUAUCAGCAGGUCUCUCUUCCCUUCGUCUACCAAGCUGCGUACACCAUAUUUCACCUUCAUCGAAGGUAGAUAUCAAAUAUCCUAAAUCACCUCAAUCACAUAUACCAUUACUCCCCGCUGCUCCGCCGUUACAUAAUCUGGAAUCACUAUUGGUUUCAGAACAUCUCACGGCGCCAUUGGGAGGUGAUCAUUGCGAUUCGCCCAAGGAAGAUUUACAUGAACAUCCAGAUAAACCGGUCGGUAAUAUAGAUUGUCCAACAUGUGAUGAGAAUCUUAAGGUGUUGAGUAAAGAAUUACCCAUGUCACAUCAUGUCAAUUCGACGAUUGUCUGUAGGAUCAGUGGGAAAGUCAUGGACAGUCAGAAUGAACCGAUGGCUUUUCCUAAUGGGUAUGUGUAUAGUAGUAAGGCCCUCAGAGAGAUGGCAGAUGCCAACUUUGGAGUGGUCACUUGUCCACGUACGAGGGAUUCAUGCUCGUUUGAGAGGUUGAGAAAGGUGUAUAUCUCGUAG